GGUUGGUAGUUUGUCCGUCAUAAAUUAGGUUAUGUUUUUGAUUAUUUUCAUGUUAUAAUUUGCAGAAAAUCUCGAUAUUUAAUAAUAAAAUAACAUGUCGAAGUCCAGCGAGGAUGUUUUAUUGCAAGUUUCAAACGUUAGAUACAAAAAAGGCGACGGGACAUUAUUUUUGAUGGACACAAGAUUAAUUUGGAUGGUAGAAAAUAGAGAUACGGUUGCGGUUUCUCAUCCCUAUGCUGAUAUUAAAUCACAGAAAAUAUCGCCUGAAGGUAAAGCAAAAGUGCAGCUGCAAGUUGUGCUACACAGUGGCUUAUCUUCGACGUUUCACUUUUCGAAUCGCAAUGGGCAGCAAAGCCAAAUACAAGACAGAGACAAUGUCAAGGAAAUGCUGCAAUCGUUGCUGCCAAAAUUCAAACGCAAGAUCGACAAAGAACUCGAAGAAAAAAAUAAACUGCUUUCCAGCAACCCGUCCCUACUGCAACUCUACAAAGACUUGGUAAUGACCGAAAUUGUUUCUUCCGAGGAAUUUUGGACGCAACACGCCGCUCAGUAUACGCAGAAGCAGAACCAGCCCCCCCAAGAUAUAGGUGUUUCUGGGGCUUUCUUGGCUGAUAUUAAGCCUCAGACUGAUGGUUGCAAUGGUCUCAAGUACAAUAUAACUCCAGAUAUUAUAGAGUGCAUUUUCAAGACAUAUCCUGCUGUAAAGAAAAAGUAUAUUGAGAAUGUUCCAGCAAAGUUAACAGAGGCUCAGUUUUGGACCAAAUUUUUUCAAUCUCAUUAUUUUCAUAGGGAUCGUAAAUAUGCGGAGAGCAAGGAUUUGUUCACCGAAUGCGGCAAAAUAGACGAUCAAGAGAUGAAAAAAGACAUUCAAAUAGGGGUGGACGAUUCCUUGGUGAACAUAGGCGAGUUCGAUGAUAAAAUCUACGACGGAGGUUACGGCGUGCCGAACGAUAAGCCGAACACGCUGGGCACGGUGAGCCAGGCCAUGAUAAAAAGGUUCAACCAGCACUCGAUUAUGGUGCUCAAAGCGACGAAAAAUAAAGCCGGCGAUAGCGCGGAAAACGUCGAAACCAAACCGGACGAACCGCAAACGAAAAAGAGGCGGCUCCUCGAGACGCUCAACUACGAGGAUUUGGGCGACGAGGUCGAGGAGAGCGGCAAACAGACGCAACUCAGCCUCUCCAAAGUGGAGAGGUACCUUCACGGACCGAUGCCCGACACGGUGAGGGAGCACGUGAGCCACGCCGAGGCCUCAAAUGCGGCUAAAAGUGCAGUGCAGGAGUCGCGGCAGUGGAACAGCCGGCACAGCAGCAGUUUGGUCAGCCCUGCGGCAGCCGUGAGCGCCUUGGGCGAGCUGUCGCCAGGGGGCGCUUUGAUGAAGGGUUUCCAGGAACAUUCUCUUGCGCAAUUGGUCCCCUCGGAUAUCGAAAAAGAAGUGAGGAACUUGUAUUUAGCAUUAUGUGAGUUACUUAACCACUUUUGGAAAUGCCUUCCGCCAGCAAAUCCCAGUAUGGAACAAAAGUUCGUUAAAAUGCACGAGGCUUUGCAUAGAUAUCACAUGGCCAAGUUAAAACCUUUUGAGGAUAAGUUAAUCAGGGAGUUGUCACCACUUUCACAUCACCUCACCAAACAUUUAAAUCAGCUCCUGAAUGCAGCAUAUCAGAAAUUCAAUAAUUGGCAAAAAAUAAAGAGCAGAUAAAUGUUAUCAAUGGUAAUUGUAUAGAGCAAUAACUGUUUUAGGUUACUCGGUUUUAUUUCCG